CGCGGCCGGCAUCGGGCGGGGGAGCGGAAAAUACGAGGACGAGCCCGAUAAGGCAGCAGCCGAGGGCUCGAGAUUUGCGGCCUCCUGCAGGCCGCGAGCUGCGCCGAGGAGGCGGGCGGCGCCGACGGGAGCGCCGGGCCGCGGGCGGCUCGCGCGCUGCGGCGAUUCUGACGUUUUCGCGGCGAGUCCCGCGACCCGAGGGGCGGCCGUGAGUGAGGCGGGGCGUGCGCGCUCCGCCAUGGCGGGGACACUGUCCGCGACGUGAUCGCCCGGGCUGCCCCCGCCCGAGCAUUCCGGGCCCUCGCAGCCGCCACCCUCCUCCGAGCCCGUGUGACUAAACGGAGACAAAGGGGAGGCGGCGGGGCAGACCGGGGCCGGACGAGCGCGGCCCGGGGCCGCCCCACGUCUAUGCCCGGGGCCGCGGCGGCGGCGAGCGCGCGGCGAGCACAGCUGAGCUUCUCGGGGCCCGGCGCCCGGGAGGGCCGCGACCGGCGCGGACCGACUGCACUCCCGUCCCCGCCACACCAUGUGAAGACCGUCGUCCCUCCACCCCGACCGGCCGCCGUGAAAGAUGGGGGAUGCUGCAGACCCGCGGGAGAUGAGAAGGACGUUCAUUGUUCCAGCCAUCAAGCCCUUUGACCACUAUGACUUCUCCAGGGCCAAAAUCGCCUGCAAUCUGGCCUGGCUGGUGGCCAAAGCCUUUGGGACAGAAAAUGUGCCAGAGGAACUUCGAGAACCAUUUUACACAGAUCAGUAUGACCAGGAACACAUCAAACCACCUGUGGUUAACUUACUUCUGUCAGCUGAGCUGUACUGUCGUGCUGGGAGUCUCAUCCUCAAGAGCGAUGCUGCAAAGCCCCUCCUGGGCCAUGACGCUGUAAUCCAGGCCUUAGCACAGAAAGGCCUUUAUGUCACUGACCAGGAAAAACUAGUAACUGAAAGAGAUCUCCACAAGAAACCCAUACAGAUGAGUGCACAUUUGGCCAUGAUUGAUACUCUAAUGAUGGCUUACACUGUAGAGAUGGUCAGCGUAGAAAAAGUAAUUGCAUGUGCUCAACAGUAUUCAACUUUUUUUCAAGCCACAGAUCUACCCUAUGAUAUUGAGGAUGCUGUCAUGUACUGGAUAAAUAAGGUAAAUGAACACUUGAAAGACAUAAUGGAACAAGAACAGAAGUCUAAAGAGCACCACACAGCUGAAGCUCCAGGAGGUCAAAAGUCUCCUUCCAAAUGGUUUUGGAAACUGGUUCCAGCUCGUUACAGGAAGGAACAGACAUUGCUUAAGCAACUGCCUUGCAUUCCAUUGGUGGAAAACUUGUUGAAGGAUGGUACGGACGGCUGCGCACUGGCUGCUCUUAUUCACUUUUACUGCCCUGGGGUUGUCCGCUUGGAGGAUAUUUGUUUGAAAGAAACUAUGUCUUUGGCCGAUAGCCUGUAUAACCUACAACUGAUUCAGGAAUUUUGCCAAGAAUAUUUAAACCAUUGCUGCCAUUUCAGCUUGGAAGAUAUGCUUUAUGCUGCUUCGUCCAUAAAGAGUAACUAUUUGGUGUUCAUGGCAGAACUAUUCUGGUGGUUUGAAGUUGUGAAGCCAUCAUUUGUACAGCCUCGUGUUGUUCGUCCACAAGGAGCUGAGCCUGCGAAAGAUGUGCCAUCAGUUCCUGUCUUGAAUGCUGCCAAAAGAAACAUCUUGGAUAGUUCAUCUAGUUCAGACUUCACCUCAAGAUGUGCACGUCCCCAAGCUCAUUCUCCAGCCUCAGGUAAUGCGCCUGUAAAGCCUAUUGAGGAGAACGCCGUGCUAAGAGGAAUUAGAAGGUCUUCAUCUAUGUCUUACGUGGAUGGCUUCAUAGGAACAUGGCCUAAAGAGAAAAGAACAUCAGUGCAUGGCGUUUCAUUUGAUAUUUCUUUUGAUAAAGAAGACAAUGCACAGAGUUCCACUCCGAGCCGAGGAAUCAUCCGCUCUGUUAGUAAUGAAGGGCUUACUCUCAGCAACAGUCGUGCAUCUAAACACAUUAGGAAAAAUCUGUCCUUCAAGCCAGUGAACGGAGAAGAGGAGGAAAGCAUUGAAGAAGAACUUCAUGUAGACCCUCAUGCUGACCUCAAAUCUUACAGGCCUCAUAACACAAACAAACUAAAUUCUAAUGAGAACACUCACUACAAACUUCCAAAUGGGGCUUUACAAAACAGAGUGCUUCUGGAUGACUUUGGCAAUCAGAUUGAAACACCAAGCAUUGAAGAAGCAUUACAAAUAAUCCACGAUACUGAAAAAUCUCCUCACACACCUCGUCCAGACCAGAUUGCUAAUGGCUUCUUUCUUCAUAAUCAGGAUCUGAGUAUCCUGAAUUCAAAUAUCAAGUUAAAUCAGUCUAGUCCUGAUAAUGUAACUGAUACAAAAGGUGCGUUGAGUCCCAUUACAGACACCACAGAAGUUGACACUGGAAUUCAUGUUCCUUCAGAAGACAUUCCUGAAACAAUGGACGAAGACUCUUCCUUGAGAGAUUAUACUGUUAGCUUAGACUCUGAAAUGGAUGAUGCAUCUAAAUUUCUGCAGGACUAUGAUAUAAGAGCCAGCAACCCCAGAGAAGCCCUGAGCCCUUGCCCAAGUACCAUCAGCACCAAGUCUCAGCCGGGGAGCAGCGCCUCCUCCAGCUCCGGGGUGAAAAUGACCAGCUUUGCUGAGCAGAAGUUCAGGAAGCUAAAUCACACUGAUGGGAAAAGUAGUGGAAGCAGUUCUCAAAAAACUACACCGGAAGGCUCAGAACUUAAUAUUCCUCAUGUGGUUUCUUGGGCUCAAAUUCCAGAAGAAGCAGGCAUUGCCCAAGGGCGGGACACUACACAGCUGCUGGCUUCUGAAAUGGUGCACCUUAGGAUGAGACUAGAAGAAAAGAGGCGUGCUAUAGAAGCCCAGAAAAAGAAAAUGGAAGCCGCUUUUACUAAACAAAGGCAGAAAAUGGGAAGGACAGCAUUCCUAACUGUAGUGAAAAAGAAAGGGGAUGGGAUUUCCCCUCUUCGAGAGGAAGCAGCAGGUGCAGAAGAUGAGAAAGUAUAUACUGACCGGGUAAAAGAAAAGGAAUCACAAAAAAUGGAGGGACAAAGGAGCAAGUCUCUAGCAGACAUAAAAGAAAGCAUGGAGACUCCUCAGGGCAAGUGGCUGAAGUCUCCAACUACGCCCGUUGAUCCUGAGAAGCAGUGGAACCUGGCAAGCCCUUCAGAAGAGACGCUAAAUGAAGGAGAAAUCUUAGAGUAUACAAAGUCCAUUGAAAAGCUAAAUUCAUCCCUGCAUUUUCUACAGCAAGAAAUGCAGCGCUUAUCCCUUCAGCAGGAGAUGUUAAUGCAGAUGAGAGAGCAGCAGUCUUGGGUGAUUUCCCCUCCCCAACCCUCUCCGCAAAAGCAGAUUCGCGAUUUUAAACCUAGACAGGCAGGCCUGUCAUCAGCCGCUGCACCGUUCUCAUCCGACUCCCCCCGUCCUACCCAUCCGUCUCCACAGUCUUCUACCAGGAAGAGCGCAUCGUUUUCUGCUAAAAAUCAAAGGACUCCAAGGCCAAACGAAUUAAAAAUAACUCCUUUGAAUCGCACCUUGACACCUCCUCGGUCUGUGGAUAGUCUUCCUAGAUUAAGGAGGUUUUCCCCAAGUCAGGUUCCCAUUCAGACUCGGUCAUUCGUAUGUUUUGGUGAUGAUGGAGAACCUCAGAAAGAGCCCAAACCAAAAGAGGAGAUUAAGAAGGUAUCAUCAGAGUGCAAAGGGACUUCAGAAUCUUAUGACCAUCAUCCUGGGGAAAAAGAAAUUAAACCUCUUGAGUCAACAGUUUCUGAAGUCUUAUCACAGCCCAUCACAGAGACUGUGUGUGUGACUCCAAAUGAGGACCAGUUGAGUCAACCCACAGAUCCACCUCCUAAACCCAUCUUCCCACCCACUGCUCCUAAAAAUGUCAAUCUGAUUGAAGUUUCUCUGUCAGAUUUGAAACCCCCUGAAAAGGCUGAUGUAUCUGUUGAAAAAUAUGAUGGAGAGAGUGAUAAAGAACAAUUUGAUGAUGACCAGAAAGUAUGCUGUGGAUUCUUUUUUAAGGAUGAUCAAAAGGCAGAAAAUGAUAUGGCAGUGAAACGAGCGGCUUUGUUGGAGAAACGGUUAAGAAGAGAGAAAGAAACGCAGCUUCGGAAGCAGCAGCUAGAGGCAGAAAUGGAGCAUAAGAAAGAGGAGACAAGACGUAAAACUGAAGAAGAGCGUCAGAAGAAAGAAGAUGAGCGAGCACGCAGGGAGUUCAUUAGGCAGGAGUACAUGAGGCGGAAACAGCUGAAGCUAAUGGAAGACAUGGAUACGGUAAUCAAGCCUCGUCCUCAGGUGACAAAGCAGAAAAAACAGCGGCCAAAAUCGAUUCACAGAGAUCAUAUUGAAUCCCCCAAAACACCAGUCAAAGGCCCUCCAGGAUCACGAAUUUACCGUGUUUUUUCAGUCUCUAGCCUCUCUUUGGCAUCGCUGAACACAGGUGAUAACGAGAGUAUUCACUCAGGCAAGAGGACACCAAGGUCAGAGUCUGUAGAAGGCUUCUUAUCUCCAAGUCGUUGUGGCAGUCGGAAUGGCGAGAAAGACUGGGAAAAUGCAUCCACCACUUCUUCGGUGGCGUCUGGAACAGAGUACACAGGACCAAAGCUCUACAAGGAACCUAGUGCAAAAUCCAAUAAGCACAUAAUACAGAAUGCUUUAGCUCAUUGCUGUUUGGCUGGAAAAGUAAAUGAAGGUCAGAAGAAAAAAAUAUUAGAGGAAAUGGAGAAGUCCGAUGCCAACAACUUCUUAAUCUUGUUCCGGGAUUCAGGCUGCCAGUUCAGGUCCUUGUAUACUUACUGCCCAGAAACUGAAGAAAUCAAUAAACUGACUGGGAUAGGCCCAAAAUCUAUCACUAAAAAAAUGAUUGAGGGACUUUACAAAUACAAUUCUGACAGGAAGCAGUUUAGCCACAUACCUGCUAAAACUUUAUCUGCUAGUGUGGAUGCAAUUACCAUUCAUAGCCACCUAUGGCAGACCAAAAGACCAGUAACACCCAAAAAACUCUUACCUGCUAAAGCAUAGGAGGCGGGGAAUGCUUGCUUCAGAACCUUUGCAGUAAAUUUGUACUUCAUCUUUCCUGCCUAUAGAAAAUCUUUCUAAUUGCCAACAAGAUUUUUAUCAGUUAAAACUGGACCUUAACUCCGUUGUUGUGAACAACUGGAAUGUAAACACAGCAUUUUGGAGUGCAGAAGAUUCUUACUAGGUGAUGAGUCCAAGUGAUGAAGGCAAUGUUUUGAUCCACAGACGGAGGCCUGUGUGUUACCAGGUCACCUGCCUGGCGUCAGAGGCCUCGAAGCACUGAACUCUCAUGGACACAGUGGGACAUAGGCUUGAAAUGUGGCUAAGAUGACAAUUAUGUGGGUUUUGUUUAAUCCUGUACUAUGUAUGCACAUCUUUGAAUGGUUUUGUUGUUGUUGUUACUUUCCUCUCUUCUGGGGGUUUAGUCCAACCUGCCUUUGUGUUUUGUUUUAUGUGGCGAUCAUGAAAGUAGAAAGUUAAUGUUGAGAAGGAACUUGCACCUUUCUUAGGAUGUUAGGAGAAACACUAGUGUUAGGUUUUGCAGUAGCCCUCAUGUUCUAAUGGUGUUACAGCAUUCGCAAGAAUCCUCAGUAUUUACAUUCUGUAUUUAUUAUUCACACAAGUAUUAACAUUUCUUUGUUAAAUAUGGAGGUGUUGAGAUAUUGUAAAAGCUGCUACUGGGCUCCCUGAGACCACACAAGCUAACCCAGAGUACCCUGUAAGAAGCUGCUGAUUAAAUCAGUUGCCGUUUUACAUGACUUCGGCUCAGAAUAGUUCAGAUUGUACUUUUAACAACAACAACAACAAAAAACCACUUUCUAUUUCUUUUAAAGUGCGUCACUUUAUAAGCUGGCAGAAGUGAAUGACAAGUGAGUGUUGCCUUUUGGUGUGAAAUGUCAGACUUCCUGGCAGUUCUCAGGAGGCCUUUAUGUUUAUAACCGACAGAGAAAUCAUAGUUAGAAUUUUUAAACAUGCACAAAGGGCUACAUUUUGAUUUGAAAGUAGCUUCACAUUAUUUUACUUACUCUGGGUUUUCCUUCUUUUUAAUCCUUUUCCAGUGGAACAGCUUAGAUUAAGGACACACUUGAAAUCUCCUCUACGUGAUCUUUGUGUUCUUUAGUAUACCAGAGGGUUAGUUGGGAAAAACUUCAUUCUCAGGAAAAGACUUGAAUGAUUGAUUAUGUGACCCUUUUAUGUUUCAGUGUUGUGACAGCUGUGUACACUAAGGGGGGAAGACAUAUUGUUUGUAAAUGAAAGAGUAGUUUGUUUUCUUUCUGGGAUGUAGAGAUGAAAAUAUGUACAUUUCUCUAAUUGAGUUGUUUAGAGAGAGACCUCAUGUCUCCUGUGAUGUAUUUACUUAUUUAAAAAGAAGGAUGGAAUGGGAUGUCCCUGAGCUGUACUUUUCUAUUAUUAUAAAGCCUUUAGCUAUCAGUGCAUCUGGGUUUUCAACAUUUUCUCAAAUGCUGUCAAUAUUUUACUGUAAUUUAUGUUCUUAUAUUUAUGUAUAUUUGUUAAAACUGUAAAAAAAAUUUUCACAGAUUUUUUUCCAAUACCUGUGCAAAAUGUAUGUGUAGCUCAAAACUAUUUGUGAUCUACUGCUUGCAUGUGAGAGAGACCAGGAUAUGUAACUCUUAUAUUUUAAAUGUAUACAUACUAUGUAUAUAUGAAUAUUAAAAAUGGGGAAUUUCACAUUUUACCUUUCAGACACCAAUUUUUAUCACAAUUAGAAGGAAAUGGCAAAAAAAAAAUCCUUAGGGUAAGACUAGUUUAAAAAUUAUAACCAAACCUAAUCAAAACAAGAUGAAUGAUAGUCAAAGGAAUUUAAAAAGCAUUUUAUAUUACUAAACAUGAUCUUUUCCCUAUCAAAGCAGUCUUCUUGCUGUCACCUGAGUACUGAAUAAAGAAAAGUUAGAUCAAGACAUUGAAAGAACUAAUGAACACUAAACACACCUGUCUGCUCUUGCGUUUGUAUAUGCAGCAGCUGAACUGAAUGUCUAGUGUCUAAAGGUAGGGUGUGAAUAUUGCCACAGAGUUCAUUGCUCUCAGUAGAAGAUUUUACUUUACUAAUGCAAGAUGAAUACAGAUAUAUUUCUUUAGUCUGCAGAUUUUUUUUAUUAUGGUGCAGCUUUUUAAAUUAUGUUUUAAAAUUAUACAAAUGAAAAUAUGCCAUUCCAUAAAGCUUGGCGAUUUCUGUCAACCUUCCUGAAACAGAAGCAUUGUCAUUAUUGGAGGUCAAGUUACCAUGGUAAUUUAUUCAGUUUAAAUUUGCCAAAUCCUUGUCAUGGUAACCAGGAUGGCCUGUCAACUUUUGCUACGUAACCCAACUUUUAAAGUUUUUCUCGCAGUUUCUCGGUGUUGUUUUAGGAGGACUAUUGCAGUUUUUACUUGGCUGCGUAAAGCCAAAGUCACCUUUUCCAGUGUGACUUCAUGGACACUGUCGGGCAGUGUGCAGGGUGUGGUGUGCUUACUGUGCACCUCUGAGCGCUGCGGACGGCGUGCUGUCGGGUGCUGUCGGGCUUGCUCGUUCGCGGUACAGUGGAGUUCCCCUUUCAUCUGAAUAAAAGCAUGGCACCAACUGAUGCUGAGUCUUCAAUAAAAGGUGUGUCUUGUCUUGUA